UGACUGGAGUGGUCAUCUCGUGGCUUCACCUGACCGGGUGAUUGACCAGCAGUCGGCAGACAGGCUGGCUGGGGCGUACGACGUACAGAAUGAGGCUGGGUACGAGCUAAUCUAACAGUUCACCAUGGCUUCUGGUGCGAGGACGCUGAGAUCGAUUGUGCUGCUAGGUGCCCUGGACUUACUGGUGGUAUCUGCAUGGCUCUUCUUCCGGAUUGCUACCGUGCCAAAGAAGGCGGGAUCUCAGCCCUCCUCCAUCUUACAAGUGUUACACCUGCAGGCGACACCCCAGUGUAACCCCCAGGAACACGUAGUCUUUGUCAAGGUACAAAAGGCUGGCAGUUCCACCGUCCAGAACAUUUUCUAUAGAUUCGGCACAAAUCGAAAUUUGACGUUUAUGUUGCCGAAAUACGGUAAUUAUAUUAGUUACAGCACAUGUGUGAAGGAUAGAGAAGUGAUGUCAUUACCAGUAUUUAAAGAUAGAUAUGAUAUAUCUUGUAAUCAUGUCAAGUAUAACCGCACAGCAUUUGAGAAGUACAUGCAUCCAGACACCAGCUAUGUGGGCAUCAUACGCCAUCCACUUACACUGUUGAACAGUUAUAUUUAUUACUUUCUGGAGCAUGUCGUUCCGGGCAAAGACAAGCUUGAAGAAUUCCUUCGCGACCCAGAUCAUUAUGCCGGCCAAAGAAAUGUGUCUUUCAAUCUUCUGACGAACUAUUUUGGUCUGUCGUCUAAGAGGGCGCGAAAUUCAACCGAAGUGAAAAUGUUUACAAACCAGAUCGAUAAAGAAUUUCACAUAAUGCUGGUGCUAGAAUUAAUAGACGAAUCUCUGUUACUUAUGAAGCGGCAGUUUUGUUGGAAUCUUACAGAUAUUUUGUACAUCCGAAAGAACGCCCGUGACGGUACGCCGAGCGUUAAAAACGCCACAAUGAUCUCAAAAGACAAACAUAGAACAAUAGCUGAUGCGGAUUACACAUUUUAUCGACACUUUCAUAAGAAAAUGCAAGACAAAGUAUUUCAAGAGGGGUUGGAUUUUCAAAAAGAACUGCUGUAUUUUCGCCAAGUAAGAGAAGCGGUAAGAAAAUAUUGCACUCGACAGUUAUGGCGGGUGGAUGGACCGCUCCGUUUUCCCUCGUCGCCUUGGCAGACGGCUUUUAUGGUGACGUCAGAGACCUGUCAAUUAAUGGACAUGCCGGAGUUGAAGUUCCAAGAUAUCGUAGGCUCACGACAAUAUGGGCCAGUGUGGAAAGCGGUACAUCGGUCUCAACUCUACCACUAAUGGGUUGUUUAAACAAAUAUCAGCAGACCAACCUUUGUGAUACAAAUGAUACCAUGCAGGUCAUACGGGAGACCUUAAGUGUUAGGUGACCAUACAGGCACAAUUUAAAUGUAUUUGAAAGGAAUUUUUUAUUGCUUACCUAGCAGACUGUAUCUGAUGUUUUUAAAGCCAUGCUUUUGCACUGAUUCCAUGUGGUUCUUUAAGGCAAAGGGUCCAUAGUUGUUGCUUCAUGACAAACUUAAGAAAAUGUUCAAGUUGUGGGUUUUACAUCAGGACCGAGUCUUAAAUUUGGACAUAGAUUAACGGUAGCGUAUAUAACUUGACCACAGUUAUUGAUUUUGAUCUAAUUGUAGUUUUGGAACGUUGAAGGUAAAGUAUUAUAAAGUGUGCUAUAGUCUGAGAUUGUUGUCCUGCAGAAUGCGGGUAUGUAUACACCGCGAUAUUAAGCAAGUCAGAUACUGAAGAUGAUUUUAUAUUUCAGUAUUAUUGUUAAUUUCUAAAACUAUACAAAAUGUGUCGAAUCUCGAUUUAUACACCUGAGAUAGUGUGACGUAUCGUGCAAAUUAUCCUUCACCUAUAGAAAACAACAAAAAAUGCAAAUGAAUGUUGAUAUAAUAUUGAUGACGCAUGCAUCAUGGAUAUGCCCUGUACAUAGACUGACUCAAAUGAUUAGGACUAUAGAGUACAAAAUGAGAACGUUCAUACUGCUAUUUUUUUUCUCACCGAUGUCGUCUUUUCUUGUAGAUGGAAGUCGUAUUCUCAAUCCAAACGUGUUGUGCGGAAGUACGUAAUACAAGUACUCCGUGAUCAUGCCCUAUGCCAAAUUUACCUGUAGUUGUACGUCUUUUUGCGACAAAUCACUUCUCUGAAAUAGGGACAUAUUCCCUGUAAAGUUAAUUGGUGACCAUCUGGUGGGAGUACUGUCAGUAUUGUGUUAACCCAAAUUAUGAAUUCUUUGAUACUUAUAAGCCUAUACAUUUUUAUCUAGACUGUCGAUUUUACGGAUGUAUACUGGUUGUAGACUUAUAUUUGUAUACACAAUUGAGAUUUUUACCAUCAUCAAUAAUGUGUUAUUGGUAUUAACUGGAUUGGAUACCAGGGUAUGGUUUCGACAGUGAAAAAUAUCAAUCUGUAGUCAAAGAAAUCUCCCCUAGGACAAAAAUCUGAGGGUACUUCAUGUUCCUAUUUCAAGGAAAUAUAAAAAGAUAUUUAUGUGUCACAAAUACACAGUGGGUGCCUAUU